CCUCGCGGAACGCUGGGCCCGGCUGCCCGGGCAGAGCCGGGCUGAGCCGGAGCGCGGCUGCUUGCGGGCGGCGGGUCACGGGAGGCCUGUCGGGGCCGCCGGGGCAUGAAGCGCUGUGGCUCUGGAGGUCGGAGUUAGCGUCACGGGGACGCGCCCUGUUCCGGCCGCGGAGCGGGCUGAGUGAAUUCCUAAGAAGAAAAUAAUGGAUUGCAUAUUCAUUAUUCUCUAAGGGUUUGGACUCAGCAGUGCACAGGUGUGUUGCAAAGGCCGAAAGAAGAUGGCAACUCCUUAUGUCCCAGUUCCUAUGCCCAUAGGGAACUCUGCUUCCAGUUUUACAACCAACAGAAACCAAAGAACUUCUUCUUUUGGGAGUAUCUCAACAAGCUCAAACUCUUCCAAAGGCCAUUUAGAAGACUCAAACAUGGGUGCAGAUUCUUCCAUUGAGUAUACUACCAGACCAAGAGAAAGUGAAGAACAGAAUCCUGAGACAGGGAGUUUGGAAGAUAGACCUUCUACGCCUACCAUACUGGGUUAUGAGGUGAUGGAAGAAAGAGCUAAAUUUACGGUCUAUAAAAUACUAGUAAAGAAAGCCCCGGAGGAGAGCUGGGUGGUUUUCAGGAGAUACACUGAUUUCUCCAGGCUUAAUGAUAAAUUAAAAGAGAUGUUUCCAGGCUUUCGACUAGCACUUCCACCAAAACGCUGGUUCAAAGAUAAUUACAAUGCCGACUUUUUAGAAGAUAGACAAUUAGGAUUACAAGCAUUUCUUCAAAAUUUAGUAGCUCACAAGGACAUUGCCAACUGCCUUGCAGUAAGAGAAUUUCUUUGUCUGGAUGAUCCUCCAGGUCCAUUUGAUAGCCUAGAAGAAAGCAGGGCUUUCUGUGAAACUUUAGAAGAGACGAACUACCGUUUUCAGAAGGAACUGCUUGAAAAGCAGAAGGAGGUGGAGUCCCUGAAGACACUGCUCAGUGAGCAGCAGCUUCGCAUAGACGCUCUGGAGAGCAGAAUCCGAACACUGUCUUUAGAACCUGAAGGAUCACUGCAUGGGGCAGGACUGGAAGGUGGACCGAGCCUGACGGCGGAGUCGCCUGCACUCGCGGCUGAUGGAGACGUCUUGGAUGAAGAAUCUGGAGCUGAUGAUAAGCCAUGCUUAAAUUGUGGUGAACCUGAGAAUUCCGUAUCUGAGAUAGAAGUAGCAGAAGUGGCGUAUACUGCUGAGGAAGACUAACACCACAAGCAGUUCUUCAUUCUUACGUUUCAGCAGGUUUAGAACAGAGUGGCAAGUAUUUAAGAAGGAAAAAAGACUGAGGCAUUUACAGAAAACAGCAAGAAUGUACAUGUGUAAAGUUUACAGAAAGAAAAGUUUUGUUUUUAAGUUAUUGGGAUAGGAAAUCAAUUCACUGCUGCUUUAGAUUGUCUUUUAUCCAACCUUUGUGUUCAAUACACUAAACAAGAAGUCUAGGUAGAGUGCUGUUAUCAAGGCCACAUUCUUAAAUACUGUGUGGAAAUUAUUCUGGUGUUCUGCCCAUGUAUUGCUCCAAACUAACGUGUGCGUGCAUGCAUCUGUGUGUGUGUGUAUUUUUAAAUCACCAGGUAUGUUAGUCAAAUGAAAAUUAAUUGCAUGUUGCUACCUGAUCGAUGUGUACUUCUUUGUGUCUCUGACAGGAUAUAUUUUCAUUCAUGGUUUAAAUCAGUGGUAAAGAUGAAUUGAGUUUUAAAUAUUGACGUAUUUACCAACUCUAAAUAAAAAUUGCUUUUUUUGGAAUGUUACUGCUAUUUAAAAGAAGAUAACUUUCUAGUACCAAAGGAAAACUAUUUGAAAGAGCUGUAAUAACAUAGCUAAAGUGAUAAAAUAGCCUUGAUUUUGAAAGAUAAGUCAUUAAUAUCAAAAUGUGAUGUGUCCCAGUUUAUUGUAAUAUGGUAUACUUAUUUUCCACACAGCCUUUAUCUGAAAUCUCUACCUGUAGAAUUAGUGAGUUUGCCUCUUUCAGAACACUACCUCUUUUUGCUAAUCAAAGCAUACUGUUUCGAAAGUAUAUUAUAGAUUCUAAGCAAAUAGGGAGUUAUGCAAAAAAAUAAAUAAAUAAAAAGCCAUAUAUACUACAAAGUUCAUAACUAUAUUGACUCCUGUCAUUGCAUUUUUAUUUCUGAAUAUGUUGCUAUAAUGUAUUAUGGCUGAUUUUCUUUUAAAUAUAUAUUUAGCCAAGUGAUGCACUUUAUGAUAAUUAAACUCUUGUGCCAAGUUUAAUUGGUGAAUUUCUUUAGCACGUGGAGUUAGGGUAAAGAAUUACGUAGUGCCUUUACUAUUUCACUUUUUACAAAAGUCUCCUAGGGUCUGUAAGUCAGCUUUAUGAAAAAAAUGUUUAUUGUUUAUUUCGUUGCAUUUAGUUGUUGAAAGUGCCUUGUUUCAUUUUUAUGGUGUGAAGUUACUCGUUUAUUUUGUUGCUGCUGUUUUGCAUAUUGUUGUUAAUAAGCAUUGUAAUCUUGCUGGCAUUUUGAACUGCGUAUGCUUUCUAAAAACUGAGGGAAACUUACUGGGGAAAUAGAAUAACAACCUCCAGUUCUUUUUUUCUCUCCUAUCUCAGAGUUCAUUGUUCUCAUGAUGUACAUAUUAAGAUCUGGUUGUAUAAAAUUCUACUGACGUAGAUUAACAGAUCCGAUAGUUGUUGUUAACCUUUCAUCUAAAAAGGAGACUGCUUUUUACCAAAGUACCAAAAAUGUUAAAGUCUUCAUCAGAAUGCACAAGUCUGCUCUGUCUCAGAACCUUUUCCCCAAAGUGUAUUAGAAAUGUGUUUAUCCUGGGAGAUAGAAAGAAUAUAAUAAAUUCGCGUACUUGUUCAUUUCAGAAUAUUAUCCUAGGCUUAAAAAAGGUUCAAAAGGAACAAUCAUUUAAAUUAAUCAGUACCAUUUUUAAUCUAAUUAAACAAGAUGAUCUUUCCUAACCUCCAGAUAUUCUGUGUGCUACGUGUGCGUUUUAAAGUGAACCAUACACUUGCAAAACCUGGCCUUUCAGAAGACUAUAUUAAAAGCUUUGGAUGGGUGAAGAAAAACUCUUGUUAAUUAGAUAAACCACUAUUAUUUAUAUUUAGAAUUUACUUUUUUAUUUUUAUAAUGCAUUUUAUUCCCAGUAUUAUAUUCAUUUAAUAAAGUAUUUUUUCAGUACAGUAGUAGCUGUGUCGUUCAGAUGUUGAAUACCAUUUUUCCCCCUCCAAUUGCUGUUUCCCUAUCCCUUACGAUUGUUGUAAUUUAAUUAUAGUUAACUGCUGCAUUUCACAGAUGUGGAAUGAGUCUGUGACUUUCUCUUUAAGGUUACACUUCGUGUUACUGAUUAUAAGUCUUUGUGAAUAGGUGCAAUGCACUUCAAAUGUAAUCAAUAAAAAAAUAGAACAUAACUGAAACAGAAAACACUUUGUGGAUAAUCUUUUAAAACUUAAGUUCACGUGUAGAUAAUACAACCAUAAAACACAGCAUUUUAAAAUGUCUUGUAUCUGGCUGCUGUACUGAGGUCGGCGGUUAAGGCACAUUGCUUCAGAAGACCA